UGGAGUGUGUAAACUACCCGACCGGGGCGCAUAAAUACACACACUCACACACACUCUGUCACACUCACAUACACAGCCUGCACUGCUUGGCGACGCUUUCACACCGACUAGGACGACUCUGUACUGAAAUAUGUCGGACAAAUACGACGAACUUAUUCGCAACCUAUUUCAGAUUGGCCUGAAAGAUGAUUUUCCAAAGCAACACACAAAGCCAGCAGUGGCUCGUCAGUUAUCUUCCUGCUUCUCGCCGAAAAGCCUCAGCGAGGAGAAGCUCAGCGAGGACACCUUCAGCUGGCCAUUUGACAUAUGGAGUGAGAACAUGCCGAAGAAACCACAGUAUCCGUUCAGGGCUGACCGAUCUAUGAGUCUGACCGACAACUAUCUCCCCAACUUCAACAACAAGAUGAAGUCUCUUGAUCUUCCUCCACCACCUGGAUUCCCACCCUUAGCUCCUCAUGCUUCAAAUCGGUACAAGACUGAGCUGUGUAGAAGUUUCCAAGAGAAUGGCAGCUGUAAAUAUGGCAACAAGUGUCAGUUUGCACACGGUGAGAGCGAGCUUCGAGGCCUUUACCGCCACCCGAAGUACAAAACAGAGGCAUGUCGCACAUUCUACAACUUUGGAUACUGUCCCUACGGAAGCCGCUGCCACUUUAUCCACGAGGAGAAACUGUCUUCUCCUCAAACACUCAACCAGAAGAGCCAAGCACCUGCCAGCCAGCAAGCACGGGUUCUGCGCCAGAGUGUGAGCUUCGCUGGAUUCCUCGGCUCUCGCAGUAUCUCUCCACCAAUUCCCUACGAAUCCAUGGGCUUCAGCCGUGCGCCCUCGGUUUCUCCUCCACCCACCGACAUCUUGUCCCCUGUGUUAAACGACACAAGCCGUGAAAUGUUUCCAUUUCCACAGAUCAGAGGUGAGAGCGAUGUCCAUAACCACCCUCUGCUCAUUGAGCCUCAGAAGUCCUCGCACUGGGGCCAAGGAACAAACUUUGAGCCGCUGGCAAACAAAUGUGUGGGGAAGGAGAACCGAAGCAGUGCAUUCGGUUUCAGCCAUACCAGCAUGCAGCGCUUCGCCUCUGACGAGUCUCUCUCAGACCACGAGAGCUACAGCAGCACAGGGAGUUCCAGUGGCUCAGAGUCUCCCACCUUUGAAAAUGCAGCCAGUAAACGCCUCACUGUUUUUGCUCGAAUGUCUGUUUCUGAGUAAUUUUUUUUUUUCCAAAAAUAUGGACAUAUUCUUUUCCAAAGAUUCUUUGAUAUGACAUAAUUAUAUGACUUAAUAGUGUUUAUUUAUUUACUUUCAUUACUGGCUAUAGGAAAUUAAUUUUGAUACACACUUGCAGUCUAAAGCUAUGUAUUUUUAUUGCGUUUGUACUUUUCUACCAUUGUGUCUUCCACUUGCUUGCUUUGCUAAAGACAGAUUUUACCACAGACAUUUGUUCAAAAUCAUCAGGUGCUGUAUAAUCGCUAAUGACCUGACGUAAGCAGAGCUGGUGUCUGUGCCCAUUCCUAACAAUCAGAGAUCAGAUUUCUAGGCUAACUCAACCAGCAAUGUGACAAACCUGAAAUGAUAGCUAUUACAUGUACUCACUAAGAAAUGCACUUUACCUCUACAGGGAGAUAUGUAGCAUUUAACCAAAGCAUUAUGAUCUAGUAUGCCAAUCUAUUGUGUUUGGCUUGGAUCUUGGAAGCCUUUUGGUAAAAAAAAAAAAGAAAAAGAAAAACUCCCUCUGUUCUAAUUUACACACAACAAAAAUGUAAAACCAUGGGGGGGUUUUUUGUUUGUUUGUUUUUUUGUUUUUUUGUUUUUUUUUUCGAAACAAGACCUGUCUUGUGUUUUUUAUCAGGGACUGUAACAUUACAGUAUUUCUCUAGUUUAGGAUGCCUUCAUUUGCAUUGUUUUGUAAUUGUAUAGAUUUAACCAAUGUAUUUAUUAAGUAUUUAUUAAAGCAACAGCAAUGUAUUUUUUACUUAUUUAUCUAAACACAUGUUGGGGUAUGAAAAGUUUUCCCACAAAAUGAUGGAUUCCACAAUAAUUUCCCAAAGAUCUAUUAAAUAAAUGAUGUGGAAUGGUAA